AUGUCUGGUUUAUCCCUGCUUGCGUCUGGUUCGAACGCUCAAGGUCAACUGGCGACAGGAGAUGCUGAGGAUGCUCACAUACUCACCCCAUGUCUCUUCGACGGAUGCUCCCCAGGACAGCUGCCAGAGGGUACCACGGCGAUCACGAGUGUCGCCUGCGGCGCGAACCAUACCCUGCUGCUGUUAGCCCGGUCUCACAAGCAGGAACUAUGGGGAUGCGGCGACAGGCGUAGGGGGCAGCUAGGGCCUUCAUACACACCUUCUGCGCGUGUAGGAUCCUGGUCGGGCGCGGUAUUUCGGCCGCUUGACCUUCAUGUCGAAGGCCUCCCGGAGUUCGCGCCGCGCUUGGUCGCGGCAGGAUGGGAGACAUCGUACGUCGUGUUCUCGUGUCAGGACAAGAGCGACAUGCUCAUCUCCAUGGGCGCUGACGACUUUGGGAACCUCGGCGUGGGGGGCGUAAAGGGUACCACGGCAGCGGGGCGGUCUCUGCACGUUGUACCGUUGCUGAGCGCUUUCGCCGAUGCAGACAUGGAGAACGUCAUUCUCUCCGUCCAAUCCUUGAAUUCAGGGCCACAUCACGUCGUCACCGUAGUCAAGCUCACGUCGGCGGAUGGUUCUACAAACCACGGUGUCAUCGGCUGGGGCACCGCUAGGCAUGGUCAACUUGGCGGCGCACCUGCUAACGCGAGUCGACCCUCUCCUUUCUACGCCACGCCGCACAGCAUCUGCCUUGACGAAACGAUGAUGACCCUAGGGCCCAUCAAGCACGCUGCUCUCGGAAACCAGCAUAGCGUGUUCCUACACGCGUCUCGACGGCUCUCAGGCUUAGGCUCUAACCGCAAGUCCCAGAGAGAACUCCUAGAGACUGUGGAGGAUGCACACGAUGUCGCAUGUACCUGGAACGGGACGUAUGCUGUCUGCCGCGAUGGUGCUGUCGACCGGGUAGUAGCAACGGGGAGCAAUAGCCACGGGCAGCUCGGUCGAGGGGACAGCGAAGCGAGUCGCAGUCUUACAAGCGUCAACUUCCCCCUUCCCACCCCGUCCCUCAGCGUCGUGAAACUGGCAUGCGGAAGCGAGCAUGUUCUGUGUCUGCUCGAGGUGAAAUCCGAAGGCGAUGUGCGAAGGGAGCGUUCCCGUAAGGAUGUGGCCUCCGCGUGGGCUCAGUCCAAGGACGCGAGUGGUGAAUAUUUGGGGAGGCAAUGGAACAAGUUGGAUCCUCGUGGAACGAUGAAGCCCCCGAACGAAAGGGGUGCUAUGUUCGGAGCACGCUGGCUUGGCUUCCCUGCCUUCGAGGUACCCUUAUAUGUGCCCUUAUCGGCGGUUGGUCUGCUGGAAGGUGAAAUAGAACUGGUACCGUCCGCACCCCGGCCUACGCCUCUACGCACUGGCGCAACUUCCAUCCGACUCCUCAAUAUCUACCGCAGCGGUGGCGGUCCGGGAAGGAAUUAUCAAAAGGCCAUGUAA